AAGCAUUUGUGAGUGUGAGUGUGAGUGUGUGUGAGAGACAGCAUUUCCGAAAGCAAAAAAUUAGGUGUCCCUUAGCACAAGUCUUUUAAACAAAUUUGUUCAUCAGAAAAAGUGUUACCAGAUCACUGUUUAUUUUUUGUUACUCUAGAUUAACACAGCUUUCCUCCUACUAUUCCAGAAAGCAAGAAUCUGACCUGAGCAGAGAUUAGUAAAGCAGGUUUUAUCAUCGAAACAGGAAGGACAUUUACUUAUAGAAGACACAUGAUAGGGUCAGCAACGCUGAUCUAGCUAGCGACAGCCUACCAGAAGGAAUCAAAAAUCAUGUUGUCUAGGGAAGAUGGAUACCUUCAGCACUAAGAAUUUGGCUCUCCAAGCUCAGAAGAAGCUCCUGAGCAAGAUGGCAUCCAAGAACAUGGCAAGCAUCUUCAUUGAUGACACCAGCAGUGAGAUCCUGGACGAGCUGUACCGGGUCACCAAGGAAUUCACUCACAACCGCAAGGAAGCCCAGAAGAUCAUCAAAAACCUGAUCAAGAUUGUCAUGAAGUUGGGUGUCUUGUACCGCAACAAACAGUUCAGUGUUGAAGAGCAGGUGUUGAUGGAGCGUUUCAGGAAGAAGGUUCACACCUUGGCCAUGACUGCAGUCAGUUUCUAUCAGAUAGACUUUACCUUUGACCGCCGGGUCAUGUCCAACAUGCUCAAUGAAUGCCGUGACCUGCUACACCAAGCAGUCAACACUCACCUGACAACCAAGUCCCAUUCUCGGAUCAACCACGUCUUCAACCACUUUGCGGACUAUGAGUUUCUUUCAGCUCUCUACAGCUCUUCUGAGCCCUACCAGGCACACCUGCAAAGGAUCUGCGAAGGGCUGAACCAAAUGUUGGAUGAAGGCAACAUCUGAAAGCCAGAUUUCGUACCCAACCAUAUACUGAGGACUCAACUGUGGUUUCUCCAUCUCUGGAUAUGCUAAGCCUCUUUUAGACUCUUUUGUUGUAAUUUAGUGGUAUUUUAAGAAUGAGAUUUUUUUUUUUUUAGUUAUAGACAGUUUCACCUAGGGUCAUUUCCACUGUCCUUUCCAACUUUCUCCGAGGAAUUAACUGGAUUUAUAAAGAUUUUUCAUUACCAUUUGGUGGAAGGUAACUAUGGCCAACCCUGAUGGUGAACACAAAUGAAGAACAUCUCUAGAUUUGCAUCUGGUCAUUCUAGAAGAACAGAAUAUGCAUCUGUGGAAUCAACUAAACCAAAGAUCUAAUUCAGUUGAGCCUCCUGUCUCUGACAGUCAUUAGCCAGUCUUUUCAAGGAGGGCUUUUGGUCAAGUAGGACAUCAGUGGCCUUUCUUCCUAAAUGUGGCUGGCAUUCAGAGGCACAUAAACUCAACACUUAAAGACCCAUUUUCUUCUCCAAAAGCCUAGCUCAGACCAGCAGUUCCUUUAGUUUGGCAAUCACAACAGCUCCUGGAGAAAUCUUUAGAGUUGGAAGGGGUCUUGAGGGUGCCACGUCCAUCCCUCUUGAUACGAGAGGAAAUCUGCAUUAAAGCAUCCACAACCGA